AUGCAGGUUGAUGAGAAACAAAAAACAGUUUUACUUACAGAACAGGGAUAUGCAGAUGCUGAGGAAAUUCUAGAUGUAAAAGAUUUGUAUGAUCCAAGGGAGCAGUGGGCAUCAUACAUAUUAAAUGCUGUAAAAGCUAAGGAACUUUUUCUUAAAGACGUAAAUUAUAUAAUCAGAGGCAAGGAGGUUCUUAUAGUAGAUGAAUUUACUGGCCGGGUAAUGCAGGGAAGACGCUGGAGUGAUGGACUUCACCAGGCAGUUGAAGCAAAAGAGGGACUGCCCAUACAAAAUGAAACAGUGACCCUGGCUUCAAUUAGUUACCAGAAUUUCUUUCUCCAGUUCCCGAAACUUUGUGGCAUGACUGGCACUGCUGCUACUGAGAGGGCAGAAUUUGAGAGUAUAUACAAGCUCAAAGUUACAAUUGUUCCUACAAACAAGCCCAUGAUGAGAAAGGAUGAAUCAGAUGUAGUGUUCAGGGCAACUACAGGGAAAUGGCGGGCUGUUGUAGUAGAGAUAUCUCGGAUGAAUAAAACAGGUCGACCUGUUCUUGUUGGAACAACUAGUGUUGAGCAGAGUGAUGCAUUGUCCGAACAGCUCCGUAAAGCUGGAGUUCCACAUGAGGUUCUGAAUGCCAAACCUGAAAAUGUGGAAAGAGAAGCUGAAAUUGUAGCUCAAAGCGGUCGUCUUGGGGCAGUUACUAUUGCAACAAAUAUGGCUGGUCGUGGGACUGAUAUUAUCCUUGGUGGUAAUGCAGAAUUUAUGGCAAGGUUGAAGUUACGUGAGAUGUUGAUGCCAAGAGUUGUAAGGUCAAUUGAAGGAGUUUUUGUUUCUGUAAAGAAACCUCCUCCCAAAAAAACAUGGAAGGUAAAUGAGAGCCUAUUCCCUUGCCCACUAUCAAAGGAGAAGUUGAAAUUGGCUGAGGAAGCUGUGGAGUUGGCUGCGAAAACAUGGGGCCAAAGGUCAUUAACUGAACUUGAAGCUGAAGAACGGCUGUCAUAUUCUUGUGAAAAGCUGCGUGGUCGUAGUGGCAGACAGGGAGAUCCUGGAAGUUCCCGAUUCUUUCUAAGUCUUGAAGAUAACAUCUUCCGGAUAUUUGGUGGAGAUCGAAUUCAGGGUUUGAUGAGAGCUUUUAGAGUUGAAGAUUUACCUAUUGAAUCCAAGAUGCUGUCGAAAGCACUUGAUGAAGCUCAAAGAAAAGUGGAGAACUAUUUUUUUGACAUUAGAAAGAAACUGUUUGAAUUUGAUGAGGUUUUGAACAGCCAAAGAGAUCGAGUAUACAAUGAGAGGAGACGAGCCUUAGAAUCUGAAGAUCUACAAUCUCUCCUAAUUGAAUAUGCUGAAUUAACAAUGGAUGAUAUACUUGAGGCAAAUAUUGGUUCUGAUGCUCCUAGAGAAAGCUGGGAAUUUGAGAGGCUUAUAGCAAAACUGAAGCAGUACUGCUAUCUUUUGGAUGAUUUGACCCCAGAUUUGUUGGAAACUAAAUGCUCCAAUUUUGAGGAACUAAGAGACUAUCUUCACCUUCGCGGAUGUGAAGCAUACUUGCAGAAACGG